AUGGCCGCCAUGAAGGUCGUGCUGAAGCUGGACGUGCACGACGACAGGCAGAAGCAGAAGGCCAUCAAGGUGGUCUCCGCGCUCCAUGGGAUCGACCACAUCGCCGUGGACAUGAAGGACCAGAAGAUGACGGUCGUCGGCACCGUCGACCCCAUCGCCGUCGUGGCCAGGCUGCGCAGCAAGCCCUUCCCCACGGCGCAGAUCUUCUCCGUUGGCCCGGCCAAGGAGGAGGAGAAGAAGGAGGGCGACAAGAACGACGCGGGUAAGCCGGUGGAGUACCCGACGUACUGGUACCCGCCGCCGCCGUACCACCCGCACCUGUACCACCUCGCUCACAGCGCCGAGGAGGACCCCAACUCGUGCGUCAUCUGCUGA